AUGCCUUCGCACAAGGCGUUGCUCGCGCUUUGGCUGGCGGCCGGUACCGGUGCGAAACAACGCGCCGAGAACGUCGUCAUGCUGCUCGCUGAUGAUUUGGGCUGGGCCGACGUGUCCGUACCGCCGCAUAAAAAAGCCGCGCUCUGGGUCACGGAGACACCAAACCUAGAACGCAUGGCGCGCGAGGGCCUCACGCUCACCGGCUACCGCAACGCCGCGAGCGUCUGCUCGCCGUCACGCUUGGCUAUUGCCACGGGCGUUUUCCCCUGGCGCUACCGCCUCAGCGGCCUGCUCAAGGACGGCUUCCGCGGUCUGCCCCGCGCGCCGACGACGGCGCGGUCGCUGCAGGCCGCCGGCUUCGCGACGGCGCAUUUCGGGAAGUGGCAUCUCGGCGGCGUCUCGCAGCGCGCGCGUGCGGACCGGGCCGCGGGCCGGUGCCAUCGGGGUGCCGGCCCACCUGGGCCGAACGAGCAUGGCUACGACGUCCAUCUCGACCAGGUCGAGGCGUCCAUCCGUGACCCGCCGGUCUGUUGUUCGUGCUGCGCACCUAACCCCUGGGACAACGCGACGCACGUCGAUCCCGAGUACCGGGACCCGACUACGGGCCGCCGCACCUGUCGCAUGUGCGGGAACAUGUACAGCCGCCAGAGCGAGUGGUGGCACGAAUUUCGGCCGGGGCAUAUGAAACCGGUGCCGAGGGCCAUGGAUCUGACGAAGCGGACGGCGGACGAGGCGGUGGCGUGGAUCCGCCAGCAGAAACAACGCUUCUUCGCCGACGUCUGGUUCAACGCGCCGCACCUGCCAGUAGAGCCCAUCGCGCCGUUCUUCGAUGGUGAGCGGGCGCCGCGCGACCGGUCGGGCCGCGUCUUCCGGUGGCCCGGCGGCGACGUCGUCAAAUAUUCACCAGAGUACGACUCGGUCGUCCAGGCCAGUGCACAAAUCAAAUUCAUGGCUCCCUCCUGACGCCAUCGAGCACCCGACUCACGGUUGAUUUACGCACAGGUCCGGGCGUUGGACGCCGGCGUCGGCGCAGUCCUUGACGAGCUGGAUGGUUCAACACUCGCAGUCUUCACCUCUGACAACGGGCCCGAGGAGGGCGUCGGGCACGCGCGGCCGUUCCGCGGCCGCAAGCGGUCGCCCUACGAGGGCGGGACCGCCGUGCCUUGCAUCUUCUGGAUGCCGGGCACGAUCCCGGCGAACAAGCGGGAGGAUGUGUUUUUUAACGGCGCAGACUUCCAUGCGACUUUUCUGAGCGCGGCAAUGGUGCCCUAUCCCGAAGCGGGGCGCGCGUGGCCGCCGCUGCAGCCGUCGUGGGACGCGGCCGGUCGCGACGUACCGGGCGCCAGGCUCUUCGACGGCGUCGACCACUGGCCCACGUUGACUGGAGAUAAUUCACAACGACGGAUCGCGCACGAGCGCGUCGCUGCCUGGGUCACGCAGCGCGGCCACGGCAUCGUCCGCACGGAGGGCCUCAAAUAUAUCGACUUCCUGAAGGUCCAGAGCCAGCGCACGAAGCCGGCGCUCUAUAACCUGACGCGCGACCCGCAUGAGCGCAACGAUCUCAGCGAGAAGCUCGUCGACGCGCUGCCCCGGUUCCAGGGACUCGUCGACGCGUUCCUCGCCGCGCCGCCGCGGGACUACUCGAAGGGCGAUUGUGUGCAGGAGGGCGGCUCGUGCGAGGGAAGCGCGACGCCCUACGCGCCGUUCCCGCAUAUGCCAGUGUGCAUGCAUGCCACGCCGCCGCCGCGACGGAAGGGGCCUCGGCUCGCGGCGCCUUGGAAAGUGAAGGGUGGUAAGGAGUUUUGACUGUGAACACAAACACAUCCGAG